AUGGCGACUGACAUCUGCACACGGCGGCUAACCAAAGAGCUUCGGGCCUUACAAAAAGACCCUAUUCGAGACCCGAAAAUAACGGUUGCUCCGAACGAGUCGAACCUACUGGAAAUGCACUAUGUUAUCGAAGGUAGUAAGGAUACGGAAUACGAAGGUGGCGUAUACCACGGAAAAUUAAUUUUCCCCAGAGAGUAUCCACUCAAGCCACCGGGAGUAAUGAUGAUAACUCCGUCGGGACGCUUUCAACCGGGACGGCGCUUGUGUCUGUCCAUGUCUGACUUUCAUCCGGAGUCGUGGAAUCCGAUGUGGUCUGUUUCCACCAUCCUCACAGGCCUCUAUUCAUUCAUGAUUGAAACAAAGCCUACUUUAGGAUCGAUUGAAACAACGGCGCGAAAAAAGCGACAAAUGGCUGCCGCAAGUCUGGAGUACAAUGUGAAGCACAAUCCACACUUUGUUAAACUUUUCCCAGAAUACGUCAAUCGGUACGAGCAAGAACGUGCUAGUCUCUCUUCACAACCUACUUCCGAGAGCUCCGCAACCAGUAGCUAUAGCGUGUCCACUGCGAUCCGACCCGUAGAUGGGCUAGUACUUCCGCAAGGCGUUAUUGCAACUAUUGCCGGGGUCGUGGCCUUGCUUUCCAUCCUCAUGGCUGUGCGCUUUUUUUGA